AUGAGUUAUGAGAUUAACCUCGGCCAUCAUCGGUCUUGGUUUCGGGCAUUCUUAUUAAUAAAUUUAAUUGUAAAUCCAAUCUAUGUACGCUCAACCGAUUUUCUAAGUGAUAAUGACGAACAAAAACGUGUUUUUCACCGGGAUUUUAACAAUAAUCAACAGUUUUCUAUCAGUGAUUGCAUACCCUUUGCCUUCGGUGACUUUAACGCUGAUAAAAUUGUGGAUAUCUUUUGUCGAAAUAUCCAAGGUGAUACUAUUCGCGUAAUGCUCAAUAAUGAUCGUACGCCAACAUCAAAAGUACAGUGCAAUGCGACUAUACCAGGCAUUGUUUACGAUGCAUUAGCAGCGGAUUAUGAUGGUGAUAGUAAAUUAGAUUUAUUUGUAAUGUAUAAAACAAGACCAGACGAAACGGUUUAUCGCGGCGGAUUUCUCUGGGGUAAUCGUGAAACGUUCAGCAAUCUCCAACCGAUUAAUUAUUACUUUCAAACGAUUCCAACUACUAUAGAUAUCAAUGGCGAUUCGUACGUUGAUUUGCUUGGAAUGAUUAGUAACGAUUACGUGAACUAUAAACCGGGCUGUUUAAUUUUUCACAAUCGAACAGUGUCCAGUUUUGCACAAUUCAACAAUCUCGACGAUCUUCUGCCAAAUGCAACACAAGCUGUAGUAGACUUUAACAAUGAUCUCGUUGCAGAUUUGUUCUUAACGAUCAAUCAUAAAAAUAAACCGAAAUUUCGUGUAUAUGAAUUACCAUUAAUCGAUAUGAAACUAUUGAGCGAAUAUGAUCCGCCGCCAGGAGUAGCCAUUUACCAUCUAUCAACAUUUGCUGACAUCGAUGCGGAUGGCACUCUGGAACAUUUGCUACCAGUUUGUAUGAAUAGUGAUUGUUCUGAUAGUCAAAUAUAUGUUCGAGAUAAUGAUCAAUGGUCUUUGUUACCGAUCAAAUUUGGUGGCGAUUUGAGAUUCCCUUUGAAGGAUGAUCUGCCAUCGCCAUUCGAUCGAAUACCUAUCAGUCUUAAAAUCGCUGAUUACAACCUCGAUGGUUACCCAGAUAUGAUCGCUGUAAUGAAACAAAACUCCCUCAAUGCAACCAUUGCAAUUCUUCUUCAAAAUCGAGCGUGCAAUAAUGACAACAAUCUCCAUUGUACCUACAAUCGUACAUUUACUCUUCGAACCGACGAAACAGAUGUACUCCUCACAGACAAUGCUACACUUGCCGUGUUUUUUGACGUACUAGAAAACGGUUAUCCCGACGUUUUAAUUUUACAAGCCCAUUCAUCUAAUGAUUAUGAAUUAAUCGGUUUUCAAAAUUCUCUUGUCCAAGAUGUACAUUUCAUCAAAGUGAUGGUACUGAGCUCUUUCUCAUGUGAUACAUGUUCUCAUCAGGAAAGAUUGCCGUAUGGGAAUAAUCAGCCAGGUCAAUCGAUUAAAAUGGAAACGAUCACUACCAUCGAUGGGAUUAAAGAUAGUUGGAUUCAGCUAUCAGCUGUUCAAAUGUCUCAAGCAGGACAAUUAACACUUGAGUUACCUUAUGUAAUCAUCGGUCUUGGUGCAACACCAAAUUUUGUUGAAAAAUUAACCGUCGCCGUACCACCGAACGGUCAAUCGGUUAAGCUAGUUCGAACCUACACUCAGAUGAUUCCAAAUUCACAAAUCGUCAUUGUUCCAUCACCAUUAACGAAUCCUGACAAAUGGCAUAGCGAACUUUUUGUAACUCCUAGUCGAAUGAUUAUUCAUACUGGUAUUGCAUUAGGCGCUACACUUCUUGUCAUCGCAAUUGUUCUUGCUGUAUUUCAAUACCGCGAAAAGAUUCAAGAUGACCGCGAGCGAAAACUACAAUCCCAAAGAUUUCAUUAUGAUGCUCUAUGUGGUACAGAAAUUCGUUCUGCUAGAGAUAAAGUUUACGAAAACUAA